AAUAAUAAACACAAAAAGUUAACCUAAUAUUCAAAACAAAUCUACUGCGUGCUUAAUUCUUAGUUAACAAAUAAAAAACUUAAAUUGUGGCUCAAAAGCGAUUGAGUUAAAUUAUUAAAAGUUUCAUCUUGUUGUAAAAAUGAAGAAACACAAACAGAGCUUAUUUACGAAGAAAUUCAACAACUUAGAUUCCCAAGAUUAUAACGAUGAUAUACUUUGGUCAUCCAGUGAGUCAAGUGAUUGUGAAAACAAAUCCAACACAUUAAACAAUUCAUUAUCCAACUCACGGAAAAGAAAAAGGAAAAAGAAGGUAAAUCAAAACCUAUCAAACUUAAAUAUCAUUGAAGUUUCACGAAACGAUAAAUUCUCAGACCAAAUGACCAAUGAACAACAGUUAUGUUCAGAAAAGUGUAUGAUAAAAUCAUCACCAAUUUUAACUUCUAAAAGUAAAAAGCAACUUUCUGUAAGUCCAGUUUUAAAAUCAAGAUGUUUGAAAUCGUUUAAAAACGACAUAAAUAUACUUACUUCGCCUAUAUUAAGUUCUAAACUACAAAAGAGCGUGAAAGAAUUAAGCCCUGUAUUAGAACCAACAUUACCUCAUAUUACUCCUAAAGUUAAGAAGAAAUUAUUUAUUGAAGCCAAUAAAAAUAGAUAUCAACCAUAUAAGCUUAUUGACGACAUAAAAUCUAUAAAUGAAACUAAACAAUCGAAACUAGAAAUAGACAACACAGAUUUAGAGAUUUCUGGAACUUCAAUUGAAUCUAGUGAUAGACCAAAAACAAAAUUUGAUUUAAUAAAACGAGUACAAUCAUAUUUCGAUAGUCAUUUCAGCUCAGAAAGUCUAUCCCAACAAUCAAUAAGCGAAUGUGAAUCAACACCUCAAAAUAUAUCUAAAUCAAAUGAAGAUAUUUAUAUAAACAAUAUAAUAACACAAGUAAAAGAUAUACAACCAAAUAAACAAAACAGUUUUCAAUCGAGUUGUGAAAUAACUGAAAAAGUAAAAAAAAGAUACAGGAAAGAUGGACUUGCAUUUAGACUGGCUGGUUUAAUAAAAAAACAAAACUCAAAUAUUAGUCUGUGGCAACAUGAAAAGUUCCUGGCCACAAAUUCCAAUUUUGUGAUACCAACAUGCGAACAUUGGGUGUUCUUAAUUCAAAAUAUACAACUUAAAUAUGGCUGUUAUUUAAUUGAAGUUAAAGAUUUAAAAGAUGCUCCUAAUUUUGUUAUUAAAGUAUAUAAGCCAUACAAUUUAUUGCAAAUAAAUAAUCUUAGGGUUAUUGUUAAUGUUUCUCUACAGCACUUUGUGGGCCUUGGCUUGGUCCAGCAACUUUUUCCACCUCGGUCUAUCUCUGGCCACUGGCUUCCAUUUUGCUAUGCCCACUUUUUUUGCGUCCUUACUACACAAUACUAA